AUGGUAAAAACAAUCAACAUAACUAAAAAACUUAUUGAUAAAUACAAAUAUUGUAAAGUCAGAGAUGAUAUAGACUUAGAAAGAAUUGAUGCUAACACAAAGGAAGGUGGAUUUUUACCUUUCCUACUACCUUUAAUAUUUGCUGGUAUAGCAACUGGUGGGAUAUCUGCCGCAGUAAGUUCUGCCAGAGAAAAGAAAAUUGCUGCAAUAAAAGCUGCCGACGAAAAGAAAGUAGCUGAAGUAAAAGCUGCUGAAGAACGUAGACACAAUUUAGCAAUGGAAAAGUUGGCAGCAGAAGGAAAGAAAGGUUCAGGAGUGGCAGAUAUAUUAGGAACAGUUAAUGAAUUUGGAAAACGAUUUGGGGAAGAAACCAAGAAAACUGUUAAACAAGGAUUAAACUGGAGAAGGAAUAUAUCUUUCAAAGUAUAA